CAAUUCACAGGGCUUGAAAAGUAGCUUGUGUUUCUUCUCUUCUUCUCCCUCAGCAAACCCUCUUCACUUCCUUGGAUUCUGCAGUUACUCUAUGGAAACCCAACUUUUUCAAUUUCUCUUCUAUCAGAAACUGGUAAUCCUCUUGAUAUUCUUCUUUGCUGGCACUAUCUCCGGCAUGCACAUUUCUGCAUCUUCGGAUGAGUUAGGAAGGAGUGGAUCUUCUGAUUCCAAGAAUCCAGAUCUCAGCACUUUGUAUGUGCAUGGAAAAUACAUUAUGGAAUCUUAUCUAGACAAGUUUGAGCUGCAAGAUUCAAAUUUUGAAGAUUUUGUGGCGCAUGAACUCCCUUCUGGUUUGUGCGAGUUGCUUCCAGAUAAUCAAAAUCUUGUUCUGGGGCUAUCAGUCCUACAACGGACUCUGAUUGGUGAAGGUUCUCAUCGCCAUCUGUCUUCAUCUAUCAGAUUGCAAGUUAAGCCAGAGUCCAUACUGCAGCUUCCUACUCACUUUUGUGAAGUUAUAAUCAUAGAGAGACUGCCCUCUGGAGUAUUUGCUGACCCCUUUGAGCUACAACAUCUUCAUCAACGGAGAGUCUUUACAGAUGUAGCUGUUUUUGGAGAUACCAAUUUGGAAUUGCCCUCAUUCCGUUCGAAUCGUUCCAUUGUUGAGGUCCACAUGGAUGUUGGUUCCAACAUUCUGUCAGGACAGCAGGAUGGAUCGGAGAUCAACAUUCUGCUUCCAUUACAUGCAAGAUAUCAACCGCUGGAUGAAGGUGGCUAUUCAGUGGUUGAAAUUGGUGAACCUGAUUUAUUCAUGAGCUGCAGUGCAGAGGGAAAACAACAUAAACAAAGCUGUUUAUUCAGGCUACCCAAUGAUGAUGCAAAAUCUCGAACUGGUGCUGUUUCGUGGAGAAUACCUUCUGGAAUACCAGCACACGCCGGAUUUGUGUCGACUUUUACAUAUAUUUCAGCCUUGUUAUCAACUCUUUUGAUUGUUUGGACCUCUAUCUUUUGCUCAGGCAUCAAAGCCAGCAAAAAUUUGAAACAAUCUUAAUUGUUGAUAUGGCUAACAUAACAUGACUCAAUGAUAUUGAUAAUCAUUCGUUUUCCUGUACGCGCUGGAUAUAAUGUUUAUCCCACCUCUUUUCAUUGC